CUUUGUUCUUUACCGAAGAGUUGUUUACUAUUACUGAAUGAAUACCUAUUUUCUUGACUUGCAGUUGUAGAAGAGACAGAUCAGCAAUCUGGUGUUGUGUUUUUAUUAUAAACAUUCAUUCGCACAACAGCUUCACAAAUUAACAACAGAAAUUCUUAACAAAAUAAUGGAAACUAAUGAUGUUGAAACAUUUCACCAGUGUUUUGUAUGUGAUGAGAUUUUUCAACAAUAUGAUGAUUUAGAAAAACACAAUAAAAUACAUGUUAAAGAAGAGAAAACUGAUGAUGUAGAUGGAUAUUGUCAUGUUCAAUUUAAUGUUAAAGCAGAGAAAACUCACGAUGCAGAUGAAUAUUGUCAUGUCAAAGAAGAAAAAACUGAAGAUGUUGAAACUGUUUAUCAGUGUAAUUUAUGUGCUGAAGAAUUUAAAUCAGAAACAGAUUUAGAAAAACACUGUGAAAUACAUACAGUUUUACAGCAUGGUAAAAUUUUUGAGAAAACUUUUGGUCAGAUCAAUGAAACAGAAAUACAAAAUUUAUAUAAAUGUGAUGUUUGUGGUAAAUCUUUUAUUAAAAACUAUUGCCUUCAAAUUCACAUGAGAAUUCAUACGGGAGAAAAAUCAUGUGAAUGUCAUGUUUGUGGCCAGUCAUUUAACCAGAGUUGUAGUCUACAGCAACACAUGUCCAUUCAUACUGGCGAAAAACCAUUUUCAUGUUGUGUUUGUCAGGAAUCUUUUGUUAACCAUUCAGACUUGCAGAUUCAUAUAAAAAUUCACCCUGGAGAGAAGGUGUAUAAAUGUGAUGUUUGUGAUAAAUCAUUUACUUAUAGGGGAAAGUUAGAUGAACACAUGAGAAUUCAUACGGGUGAGAGACCCUAUAAAUGUGAUGUUUGUAGUAAAUCAUUUACUAGCAAGAGCUAUCUGCGGACUCACCAGAAUAUACAUACAGGCAAGAAACCUUAUAAAUGUGAUGUUUGUAGUAAAUCAUUCAGUACGUCUAACGAUCUCAGAAAACACAACCGAAUUCAUACUGGGGAAAAACCUUAUAAUUGUGAUGUGUGUGGUAAACUUUUUACUCUCCACGCUGGUUUACGAACGCACAUGAGAAUUCAUACCGGCGAAAAGCCUUUUACAUGUAAUGUUUGUGAUAGAUCCUUUACUCAGCAAUGGCAUCAACAGAGACACAUGAGAACGCAUACUAAAGUGAAACCAUUUAAAUGUGAUCUUUGUAGUAGCCUUUUUGUUACCAGUACUAUUCUAAAAACGCACAUGAGACGUCACACUGGCGUAAAGCCUUUUCAAUGUGAUGUUUGUAGAAAACAUUUUUUUACUCGUAGCUGUCUACGAUCUCACAUGAUGGUUCAUACGGGUGAAAAACCCUAUAAAUGUGAUGUUUGUGGUCAAUCAUCUAGUACCAAUACUAAUCUACAGAAACACAUGAAAACUCAUUCAAGGGAAAGAUUUGUUAAAUGUGAUGUUUGUGAUAAAUCAUUUACUGCACGUGGUUAUCUGAAAAGACACAUGAAAACUCAUACUGGCAAGAUUUAAAGAUACGGUGUGGGUGGGGGGGGGGAAUGGCCGAAUGAUUAGCACAUGCGUGCUGUAUCAUAAGGACUGUCAUUGAGUCAAAUGGCGUGGUUUCGAAUCCCCGGUUGUACGCGACAAGGAGUAGGGUCGCCUGUCCAACCUCGUGGGUUUUCUCUGGGUCCUCCAACUGCUAAAAGACCCCUACGCGCAAGCGAAUUAUUGAAAUAAAAUUAAACCAUAUGUUAGUCCUGAAA